UAUUAUUUAAACCCUAGGGUUUUCUUACAUGGGGUAAGAUCAUGUACUAAGGCAGCUUCCAUGUAUAAUUUCCUAAAAGAUCACAACCCCAUUUUAUUAUAUCUCUGAAAAAAGCCAUAUUAAUGGACCUCAAGGUUUUCAUCAAGGAAACAACAUGUCUAAAACCAUCAAAAUUAUCUGAUGAUCAAUAUUCAGAAAGAUCACAAACCAUUGAACUCUCUGGAUUGGACAGGAUAUCUCCUGCCAUUCUCAACACAGUCUUCUUUUUCAAAAACACAAAAGAAGAAAGUGUUGAUGUUGAUGAUGAUGAUGAUGGUGAUGAUGAUGAUGAUGAUGGUGAUGAUGUGGUUGAGAGAGUCAUAAGAGGUCUUCAAAGGGUUUUGGUUACUUGGUUUCCAGCAGCUGGGAGACUUGGUAUUCAUGAGAAAACAGGGAAGCUUGAGAUCAAAUGUAAUGAUGAAGGUGUUCUUCUGGUAAUCGCAGACACUUUUUCAAAGCUUGAAGAGUUUGGUAAUAAACUCCAUGAAUACAAGACUUGUUACGAGAAGCUUGUUCCUCAGCUUCCUCAAAACCCUGCACAUAUAUCAGACAAUCCACUCGUUGCUUUGCAGAUAACAAAGUUCUCAUGUGGGGGAAUUUCCAUUGGUUUUGGAGGAAGUCAUUCCUUGUUCGACGGAUUUGGAGCCUUCAAUUUCUUAGCCUCCUGGGCUCAUUUUUCAAGCGACAAAGAUUAUGAAUCUCAGCUAUUCGUUCCCAACCAUUCGAGACAAAAGCUUCUCAAUGCCAUCAUGACCACAAGUAGUACUGCUACUUCUUCAAGCUCACUAAUUAAUAAGGCAGCUGGUUCAACUUCAUCAAUAUAUGAACAACAACACAUCGCGGCCAUUCAAGAUCUGUAUGGGAUCCCCAUGCGAGCCAUGGCGGCCGAUGAUAGGUGCUGGGAAUCAGAACUCGCCAAGCUCGGCCAAUCACCCGAACGCCGAGGCAUUCAGCUUCUCACGCUGUGCAUGGACAAACAAGCUGUCGAGAAUUGGAAAGGUCUGGCUGCUCAAAGUGGCACACUCUCCAAGUGCUCUACCUUUGAUGUUCUUUGUGCUCAUGUUUGGAAGGCGAGAGUGAAGGCUCUUUCCCUAGAACCAAACACAAACAUAUGCCUACAAUUCCCUGUAAACUGUCGAAACCGGCUCCGACCACCUCUGGGCGGCGACUUCACCGGCAACGCCUUCGUCCUGGGCUCGGUCUCCUGCACGGCGAAAGAGCUCCUUGAAGAACCACUGGAAGGCACAAUUGGGAGAAUCCAAGCUGCGAAAGAGGUAGUGGCCAACGACUACAUCAAGCUGUACGUGAAAGCCCUAGAAAACUCAUCGGACAAGUUCUUCCCUUCCAUGAGAGAGCUGACCAUCAUCACAGACUGGCUGAAGUUCCCCUUUGAGGCUUUAGAUUUCGGGUGGAGAAAUAAGAUGCUCUGCGGUGUAGCUCUCCUGGGGACCCCAGUUCCUGAAGCUGCUUUUCUCAUGCCCAACUUAGAUGAACCUGGAAAUUUCUUGGUUAGGAUUGGGAUUGGAGAGGAGAACAUGACUGAUUUCAUCACCAACUUCAAAAGCUUCAACUACCCCUAGCCUGAUCGUGUGCGUGUAUUAUAAUUAACUCGUGAACUUACUCCUCUACGUUAUAUAUAUAUAUAUAUAUAUAUAUAUAUAUACACGUCGUGUAUGUGUAUGUGUGUGUGAAAAUUUCCUUUUGUGUGUAAUUACGUACCUGUGUACGUAAGGAUAUGUUUGUAUGCGUGUACUUAUAAGUACACUACUAUAGUGUGUGAACUCAUCAAAACUUUGUGACGUUUGUGAUUGGCAUGGCUUAAGAAAAUUUAAUAGCAA